AUGGUGCGUCGUAAAGAACCAGCCCAAGAGCCUGAUGGGGCGAUGCCACGGCCCCCAGCUGCAGACGUGGAACGUCCUGACCACCCUCCGGUCAACGUCGAUCACCUCCGAAGGAGCGGCAAGAUUUCCAUAUGGCCCUAUGUUAUGCGCGAUCUUCCACUUUCACCUGUGGAGGCCUUUCGUUCCGAGUUACAAUCGACGACCCGGAAUGAGGCGUCAAGUCCUUCAGCAUUGACAGCAGGUACUAGACACUGUGUCGAGUACUUUCGUUCUUGUCUGACGGGCGAAGGGGCUACACGUCAAAUGGAGCAAGAGCAGGGACCGCGCACUGAUUCUGACCUCGGAGGACUGGAGGCCGAGCUCUUGGGCGCUGGCGACGAGCCACCUGUUGUGGCACGAACAGGCCACAGCGCAGUGGCACCAGCAAAGCAAGCGACAAACAACAACGCAUUGCCGAAUGGUCCGGAUGGCAGAGGGCGACACCUGCCAUCCAAUCGCCUUCGCCGUCCAUCUACAGGCGGACCCAGCCGACGCCCUCCAGUGGCCCCUCUUGCAGAGGCGGUUUCUUCCCUUCAGCAUCGUGGCACAUGGGAUCGUAUUGAAUGCCCUUCCGGUUGCGGUGAAGAGCUGUGGGUGACUGAUCUACGACAUCACCAUGCAUCUCUUUGCGCUCUGAGGUAUGUCAGCUGCUUCAUGCCAGGAUGCUCAACGCUUGUCCAAGCGCGACAGCUACGCCUGCACUUGAGGCGGGAUUGCUUCAAAAGGAAAGAGCAGCGCGUUCUAGCAAAAAACGGCAAAGCAUUAGACGAUGAGAUUGCAUGCAAAGCUUGCAAUGAGAGGUUCCCUCGUAAGCAAAUGAGGAUGCACCUGGCCACAGACUGUCAGAUACGGAUGGUGCAAUGUCCCAACUGCAUGGAGAUGAUGCAAGCAAGGUCUCUGGCAGACCACCAAAGAUUUGAUUGCAAGACGGCGAAGCAGAAAGGCGCUCUACACGAGCAGGCGGCGAGCAGGCCAACUGAGAUAGAAUGUGGGGCGUGCCAUGGAACAGUGGUGACGACUCAACUACGUCGGCAUACUUCCGACGAGUGUCCCUCGAGAGUUGUGGCCUGCCCCAACAAAUACCUAGGCUGCGGAGAGGAGCUUCCGGCAUUAGAUGUGGCCUAUCAUCUCCGCAAGCAGUGCGCCGUUGCAAUCACACGGGAAGAUCGUGCAGCCAAACACCUGUUUCGGCGUCAACGCGUGCAGUGCUCAGGGUGCGGCUACUGGGUGGUUUGUCAGGACCUGCCCCGCCACCACCGGGAGAAGUGUCCCAAUCGGCGGGUCCCUUGCAAGCACUGGGAGCUUGGUUGCCCCGCCAUGCUCCGCCUGUCGGCGAUGGAUGAUCACCUCAAGGUCGACCGACUCCUGGACCCCCGUGCUUGCUUGGCGUUCGACGGAGGGAGGGCGUAUAUCACGCUAGGGGAGAGUGAUCGCAAGCCCCCGUGGACAGCUGAGAUGUGGGUCUGGCGUCCGGGACUAGUCGAAGGUACCCGCGAGAAGACCCGCACGGCCCUGAAAGCGCUCUGGGAGUUCCACCAGGCUCGCGGAAAGCUAGCAAUCACGGAACGGCGACUUGCUUUGCUCGAGCCUCUGCUUGUUGAUGUGGCGACCAGGGCUGCUAAAGAGCGCUCGGAGGAGGCAGCGAAGACGCGAGAUAAGCUGACGGACGAAAUGAUCGCCGCUGCUACCGUGCGUGACGAUGCGAAGGUUGAUCUCGUGGUCUCUGUUGUCGUUCUGUCAAACAGUGUGGCGUCGGCGGCACGUGGUGUUGAGGAGCUGACUGCACAAGAUCGGUUGCGCGGCCUCGACCGGCUAGCACUGGGGAGUACACCUUGGUACUCUGCUUCGCCUGGCCCCUCUCGGGCAGGAUUUUGCCGCGAUGAAGGAAUACGCAGUGUGAAUCAGUCACUAGGUGCAGGCAAAACGGUGGUCGAGUCAAAGGAGGUAAUCGGUGAAGAAAAUAGGCCGCUCGGAACAGUUGCUGAGAGCCCCAAAAGUCCAACGGGGUUGGGUACGGCUCCAACCCUCGGCGAAACGGCGGUCGAGCCAAACGAGGCGAUCGGUGAAGAAAGUGGAACACCCGGAACAGCUGCUGACAGCCCCAAAUGUCUGACGAGGUUGAGUAUGACUCCAACCCAAGACGACGGGCAACCAUCCGCCCAAGUUACAAACUCCAUCCCGCUUGAUCCCGAUGGCGUCGUCGCCGGUAGUGGAGGCGCUUCGGGCAACGAUAAAGAUGAUAUCGACAGCAUGCUGUUGAAUAUUUCGAAGGAGCAACAAGCAUUCGAAGCAUCCGAGGAGGCGAAGCUGCGCAUGAAUAAAGCCGUGUUUUGGGCGGAGUGGAUCGCUUUGACCGGGCCGUCCUUGGCGCGGAGAGUUCUGGGUCUGCAGGCCGAGACUCUGCCUCGUUUGAAGGAAGAAGCAGUAGCCAUAACCGGAAUAGCCAAUGAAGCACUUUUUGACACUCGCGGUGAUGCAACUGCCGAAGGUGUGGAAGAGGGGGUCCCAGACGAGGAGGGCGGCGCUCGAGCCCAUAAGAGUGGCACCUCCCCCAAACAGGGUGGGAAACACAAGAAAGCCGCCAAAAAGGAGAAACGGAAGCAGAAGCACGAGAAACACUACGGAAAAUCUAUCGGGACUCGCAUCGCUGAGGAGGUAGGUAGACGUGGGGGUGUCGAAACACUGCUGGGAUCCGACAAGGUACUGUUUCAGCUGGAAAUGGGUCCAAAAGAGAGGAUAGGAAUAAAGAUUGCCGGCAAGAAGGACCACAUCUUCAACUACCGUUGUCCGCGAGAGCGCUGGGUACAUUUGGCGUUUGUUUCUGACUCGACCGGGGUAUUUCUCAUGGAAGACGGCAAGACAGCGAGUCGCCUCCGAGAUAUUACGGUGCCCCUUCCCAUGCGAGAGAUCGGUGGAAGAGAGACCGCGUGCCAGUGCCUUCUGCAAGAAGUCAGGUAUUGGAAAGUGAAGAGGCCCAAGGAAGAUGUGGUGGAGUGGAUGCACCAAGUGCUCCCGGGUACUGCUAAAAACGACGGGCUCAUAGGCUACUGGACAUUCGAGGAAGGAGUGGGUGAGCAUGUUAACGAUGUCACGGAGCAAAGGUUCCGGGCACGCAUGAUCGGGCGGGGCCUCAAGUGGGCAUUUUCGGAGAAUAUGAACAUUGUUGAGGUGGCUCCACCACCCACGCCGUCGUGGCGAGAACAAAACGUGUGUAAGGUCGAGCUACGGCGGGGGCGAUUGGCCCAACGUGGUCGACUCCACCGGCAAGUUGUCCCGUGUAAAGCAGGAUGCGGUGAAAGUUUCCUGAAACGGGAUGCAAAAGCGCACGCGGCAUACCGAUGUGUUUUGCGUGUCGUGACGUGUUCGAUGGCUGCAUGCGGGAAGCGAAUGCCGGCGAAGGAUGUUUCAAGGCAUCUAGACGAAGACUGCGUCGCGCACCGAGCCUGGAUGCGCAUGGCUGAAGCCGGGCAAGAACUCCAAGAGAGUUGCACUUGCCCUCACUGCGGGGAAACUGUGCGGCGCUCCCAGCUGAAGCUACACUUCCAGUACCAGUGUCACUGGUUCAAGGAGCAGUGCCGCAAUGCCGGUUGCGGUGCCUGGGUUCCGCGGCUACGUCGAGCAGAACAUGAGCGACGAUUUUGCAGUGAUUCGAGCGCGGUUCGCAGACGCCGGCGUCUGGCGAGGGCCAGGGCCAGGUCAACGUACCAGCGGGAUUGGGCUCAAGACGAGGAGUAA